AUGUCCAACACCGUGGAAGCAGUGCAACAGCAGCAGCAGACCCAGGGGGGCGGAGGAGGACAGCAGGGCCAGACUGCGGCCAGCAAGAAUGAAGCCGCCCAGGAGGAGCGAGCCAUCAACGACGAGUACAAGAUCUGGAAGAAGAACACCCCCUUCCUCUACGACCUGGUGAUGACCCACGCGCUGGAGUGGCCCUCGCUGACCGCGCAGUGGCUGCCCGAGGUGCAGCGGCCGCAGGCGGAGUUCGCCCUGCACCGCAUCAUCCUCGGCACGCACACCUCCGACGAGCAGAACCACCUCGUGGUGGCCACGGUGCAGCUGCCCAACGACGACUACCCCUUCGACGGCAGCUACUACGACAUUGACAAUGGCGAGUACGGCGGAUUUGCUUCAGUGUCCGGCAAAAUCGAAAUCAUCCAGAAGAUCAAUCACGAGGGCGAGGUGAACCGGGCGCGCUACAUGCCCCAGAACCCCAACGUCAUCGCCACGAAGACGCCCUCCAGUGACGUGCUCAUCUUCGACUACACCAAGCACCCGGUGAAGCCGGUGGACAAAGUCUGCACGCCCGACCUGCGCCUCCGCGGCCACCAGAAGGAGGGCUACGGGCUGUCGUGGAACGCCAACCUGAACGGGCACCUCCUCUCUGCCUCCGACGACAUGACCAUCUGCCUGUGGGACAUCAACGGCACCCAGCGGCCGGAGCGGGUGAUCGAGGCGAGCAGCGUCUUCACCGGCCACACCGCCGUCGUCGAGGACGUCGCCUGGCACCUGCUGCACGAGUCCAUCUUCGGCUCGGUGGCCGACGACCAGAAGCUGAUGAUCUGGGACACGCGCAGCCGCGACACCAGCCACCCCAGCCAGGUGGUGGAGGCGCACGGCGCCGAGGUGAACUGCCUCUCCUUCAACCCCUUCAGCGAGUACAUCCUGGCGACCGGCUCCGCCGACAAGACCGUCGCCCUCUGGGACCUGCGCAACCUGAAGGUGAAGCUGCACACCUUCAACUCCCACAAGGACGAGAUCUUCCAGGUGCAGUGGUCGCCCCACAAUGAGACCAUCCUCGCCUCCAGCGGCACCGACCGCCGCCUGAACAUCUGGGACCUGAGCAAGAUCGGCGAGGACCAGACGUCGGAGGACGCGGAGGACGGCCCGCCGGAGCUGCUCUUCAUCCACGGCGGCCACACCGCCAAGAUCAGCGACUUUGCCUGGAACCCCAACGACCCCUGGGUGAUCUGCUCCGUCUCCGAGGACAACAUCAUGCAGUGCUGGCAGAUGGCUGAGAACAUCUACACCGAGGAGGAGGUCGAGUCGGCGCCCAACGACAUCGAGUAG